AUGCUUCUAUCAACAUUCCUUUCGGUGUCGACCCUGGCUGGCCUGGCGGCGGCCUCACCACCUUUCUUUCGAAGGAACCCACCACCUGCUGAGGCAGUUUGCGAGCCCGUCACCGAGACAGUACACCUACCCGCCGAGACAGUCCACGAGACCGAGACAGUGCAUCUACCUGCAGAGACAGUUCAUGUAACGGAGACAGUACAUCUACCUGCCGAGACAGUCCACGAGACGGUUCAUGUGACCGUUACAGAACAUUCGGUGGUGACAGAGACCCAACACGCGGUGGUAACAGAAAUUCAACAUGCCACCGUGACAGAGACAGAGGUCCAGCAUGUCACCGUCCCUGUCGAGCAUUUAGUUACCUCGGUCGUCGAAGUCGAAGUUGAGAAGCCUGUCACAGUUGUCGAGACAGUCCACCAGACCAUCGAGCAACCCGUGACAUUGAUUCACACUUCAGUGGUCGAGGUUGAGAAGGAGGUCAAGGUCACUGAGACUUCCGUCGUUCACCAAACAAUCGAGCAGCCCGUCACUGUUGUCGAGACUGUCCACCAGACCGUUGAACAGCCUGUGACACUCAUUCAUACUUCAGUCGUCGAGGUUGAGAAGCAAGUUAUGGUUACCGAAACCUCAGUCGUUCAUCAGACCGUCGAGCUGCCCGUCACCCUCGUCCACACCGCUGUUGUUGAGGUCGAUAAACCCGUUACAGUUAUCGAGACUUCUGUCCACGAGGUUGAGAGGCCUGUUACCGUUAUCCAUACAUCCGUCGUGGAGAACGUUGUCGUCCAUACUUCUGUCGUUGAGGUACCAGUCGAGAAGCCAGUUGAGGUGCCCGUCACAUUGAUUCACACUCAAAUUAUGGAGGUGCCUGUCGAGAAGCCAGUCGAAGUACCCGUCACAGUGAUCCAUACUUCUGUCGUUGAGGUGCCAGUUGAAAAGCCAGUCGAAGUCCCUGUUACUCACACCGUCGAGGUUCCCGUCCAAGUUGUUCACACUCAGACUGUCGAGCAGCCAGUCGAGGUUAUCCACACACAGACCGUUGAAAAGCCCGUUGAGGUUGUUCACACUGUCGAGGUCGAGAAGCCUGUCCAUGUUACUGUCAUCCAUACAGUCACCGAGCAGGCUCCUCCUGCUCAUGCUGUUGCACCCCCUACACACCCUGCAGUCGUUGAACCGCCAGUUGAGCACACUGUCGUUGCACCUCCCGCUGAGCAUACCGUUGUUGUGCCUCCUGCCGAGCAUACUGCCGUCGCACCGCCAGUUGAGCAUACCGUCGUUGCGCCGCCUGCCGAACAUACCGUCGUUGCGCCUCCCGCUGAACAUACCGUCGUUGCGCCUCCCGCUGAACAUCCAGCUCAACCACCUGCUGAGCACCCCGUUGUCGAGGAGCCUGCAGCACCUGUAGCCACUGAACACCCUGUCGCUGAAGUACCAGCGGCACCUGAGCAUGUCGUGAUCGAGGAACCUGCAGCAGCGCCCCCCACCAUGGCUCAACACCCUACUGCACCUACUCAUGAGGCACCAGCAGCCGAAGUCCCAGCUGCGGAGCACCCAACAGCACCCGAGCACACCGUUAUGGAAGAACAUAGCGGUGAGAUGGCCAUCGGGGAGGCGAUGAAGCAUCCUCCAUCGUCCAAGUACUCAGCUGUACCAGAGUCGGUUGCCGAGGCUCCUCCUCACCCUGCAGCUAAUGAUAUCCCGGUUCUUUUGCCUUCAGGCGGAGUUUCGGGAAAGAAUGCAACAGUCGCGCCGACAUAUCCUGGGCGCAGGGCGGUUGUUCGCAGGUGGUAG